GGGUAUAUACAGCCCCUAUAGCCUGACGGGCUCUGUGGUCUCUGGGUUCGGCCCUGUGUGGAUGCUACUGUCUCCUCCCGUCCUCGUGCUGGGCUUCUUUCCUCCUCCUUCGCUUUCACCUGACUGGAAUCAAACAUGUCUUUCUACAGACACUCAGGUCCCAGGAGCUACCUCACCUCCACCAUGACCGACCGCUUCGACUGCUACUACUGCCGCGACAACCUGCACGGCAAGAAGUACGUGAAGAAGGACGACAAGCACGUGUGCACCAAGUGCUUCGACAAGCUGUGCGCCAACACCUGCGCGGAGUGCCGGCGUCCCAUCGGCGCCGACUCCAAGGAGCUGCACCAUAAGAACCGCUACUGGCACGAGGACUGCUUCCGCUGCGCCAAGUGCUACAAGCCGCUGGCCAGCGAGCCGUUCGCCGCGCGCGACGACGGCAAGAUCAUGUGCGGCAAGUGCAGCUCCCGGGAGGACGGCAACCGGUGCCAGGGCUGCUAUAAGGUGGUCCUGCCAGGCGCCAAGAAUGUGGAGUAUAAGAACAAGAUGUGGCACGAGGAGUGCUUCACGUGCUUUGAAUGCAAGCAGCCAAUCCGCACGCAGAGCUUCCUGACCAAGGGCGACGACAUCUACUGCGCUCCCUGCCACGACAAGAAGUUUGCCAAGAAAUGCUUCUGCUGCAAGCAGCCCAUCACCUCCGGGGGAAUCAGCUACCAGGACCAGCCCUGGCACUCCGAGUGCUUCGUGUGUCACACCUGCCGCAAGGCUCUGGCCGGAGCGCGCUUCACCUCCCACGAGGACAAAGUCUACUGCGUGGACUGCUACAAGACCGACGUGGCCAAGAAGUGCCACGGCUGCAAGAACCCGAUCACAGGGUUCGGCCACGGCACCAACGUGGUGAACUACGAGGGCUACUCCUGGCACGAGUACUGCUUCAACUGCAAGAAGUGCAGCCUGUCACUGGCCAACAAGCGCUUCGUCAUCAACGGAGAUCACAUCUACUGCCCCGACUGCGCCAAGAAGCUGUGACCUGUAGAGAACGCGCCGCGCGGACGCCGGUGGGAUAAAGGGGAAUUACACCAAAACUGACUCGGGUUUAAAUAUAAGGCCGCACAAGAACGGCUUUUUUUAAAUGAUGAAUAAAUAUCCAGUCAACUUUGGUGAAACUUCUCUUUAUGAAGCUGGCAGAUGAGACGCUACAAUAUGCAGCUUGAAUCAUUUAUCUACAUAUACAAUAUUACUGCAGCUUAGUGUCAGAGUAUUAACAUGUGCCUUUUCCAGCCCAGGGCUGCGUCUGGCCCCUUUUUCAGUGCCUUACUGGAAUUCUUAGAGAACUCAGUGCUUUAUGUGCAUACUGCUGCUUAUACAUACCAGCUCUGAGUAACAGUCUGUUACGUUCCUGGAUUUCGCAACGCUUCUUGAGACUGAAGGCCAAUUAUAAACUGCUCAUGUAUUCAAGACUCGGCUGAAGUAACGAGAAUAAAAGACGAGGGCGACGCGGA